AUGAUCCACGGUUGGCUGAAUCCACAGAAGCAAACCGCGGAUACAGAGGGCAAACUGGUCCCCAUUGCCCUCUCCUUGCUCACGACCGUGCCCCUGGGUGACCGAAUCCACCCACCCCCAGCCUCGGCGACCACCCCGGCUGUGCCGCCGCGGCUGCAGACUCCUCGCGUCCUGACCGUCUUCUGGUUGUUCCUGCACCACGUGGCCGCAGGCACCUUCUGCCUGGCCCUCCUCUCUGUCCAUCAAACCCGCUCCCGUGUCUGGAGCGGCUUCUGUCACGUCCUGACGGCGCCAGGCGCUGUGCCGACGGCUCGUGUGCAGGUGUGGGAGAGGAUCACACUUGUUUUCGGUGCACAGGCUCUGCAUCGAGACUUGCUGGGUGUAAAUCCCAGCUUCGCCUCUCGCUGGCUUUCGAACGUUUUUUAUCUAUCUUUCUUCUCUAAUAGUGACUUGAAUCCCACCAAGAAUUCUGGGCCAGUGAUCAUUCACGCAAGCAGAUGUGAAAAAUACGUUGAGACAAAGUAUCCCCAUGAAGCAGCGUACGAUGCCUUCCUGUGCGGAUCAGUUCUUUUGAAAGUGGCCCACUUGCUCGUAUGGAGAGUGCACGGGGCUCUUCCCAUCCCUGAGCCCUCCUUCCCGCUGUACCUCGACGUGCUGGCUCCCUAUGUGAACCAGGUGAAUCUUAUCCGAGCCAGGGUCCCCAAGAUCAAUUUUUCGGGUCCAGAUUGCCCCAGUAUCCGCCCUCCCAUCCUCAUCGUCACCGUCAGGAGGUGGCCCGGGGUCAGCGAGCAGCAGGUCUACCGCGAGUUUCAGAACCUCUGCAAGUUUGACGUCAGGAGACUGGUGGGGAGCCGGUUCCUGCUCCUGACCAAUAAGUUUAAGGACACCCGGAGGAUCCUGAAGGAGUACAGGUGCCACCCCAGCCUGCAGGUCUCCCUGUACCGCUACUGGAGACACUCCCCGAACGUCAGCUGCCUGUUACAGGUCUGUGGCGUAGUCACCACCUGGGCCUUUAUCGCGUUUCUCCUGGGAAGAGCUCGCCCCUGAGCGCAGCAGGGCCGCCUGCAGUCCCGUCCUGUCUCCGCGCGAUCCCGGGGCUGCUGUCCUGGCUUCUGUUUGUU